ACGACCACGUAACGCGCUCUGCCAUUUGACUGCGCAUUAUCACUAUGGGGAGUUAACAUGAUGUUAAUGUCAGUGUUUCCCCCCACGUUUCGCGAACGCUUUCAGGCUGUGAACCGCGGUCAGCUCUCGUAGGAGUCCCCCCCCCGACGUCCGAAGCCAUGAGGCGGAGUAAGGCUGAAGUGGACCGCUACGUUUCCUCGGUACAGAGCUCGUCUCCUUCGCUCAAAGAGAAACCGGUCAAAGGAUUCUUGUUCGCCAAACUGUACUACGAGGCGAAAGAAUAUGAGCUCGCAAAAAGGCACGUGUCGGAGUAUCUCAAAGUGCAGGAGCGGGAUCCCAAAGCACACAAAUUCCUCGGACAGCUCUAUGAACGAGAGGGAGAGAUCAACAAGGCCAUCGGUUGCUACAAGCGCUCGGUGGACUUGAACCCAGUGCAGAGAGACCUGGUGCUGAAGGUUGCUGAGCUGCUGGUCAGUAAGGAGGACUGUGACAGCAGAGCAGAGUUCUGGGUGGAGAAAGCUGCAAAGCUCAUGCCCGGUUACCCAGAAGUCUUCAACUUAAAGGAGCGUCUGCUGAGUCGUCAGGGCCAGCAGGGCUGGAACCAGCUGUUCGACCUCCUGCAGGCCGAGCUGGCCGCGCGGCCUGCCGACGCUCACGUCAACGUGAAGCUGGUUCAGCUGUUCUGCCAGGAUGGCCGGCUGGACGAGGCCGUCAAACAUUGUCUGGCCACGGAGAAGAAGGGCUUGCUGCGCCACAGCCUGGACUGGUACAACGUGCAGCUGAACACUUUACAGGAAUAUCUGGCCCAGCCCAACGUCUCCAGUAACGAGAAGAUGUGUCGCCGUCUCCAGAGAGAGGUGCUGCUGGCUCACUGCAGCCUGCUGCGCAUCCGACUGUCUGAGAGCAGCGUGCAGCCAAGCCUGGAGGCUUUCAGGAGUUUUGACCAAGCCAUGCAGGCGAUGAGCAGCGUAGCGGCACGCUUCACCGACGAUCUUUUUGAGGUGUUUGUGGAGAUGCGGGCUCACCUGUACCUGCACGCUGCCACGCUGCUGCUGAAGAUGGCCCAGGAUCGGCAGCAGACCUGGCGGGCCGUCAUCGACCUGGCCGCCCUCUGCUACCUGCUGGCCUACCAGGCUCCCAGACCAAAGGCAAAAGUGACCAAAAGGGACCAGUCCGCCCCGCAGCUCCUGGAGCUGCUGGCCAACGACCGGCAGAGUCAGGCCGGACACAUGCUGUUCAAUCUGAGCACCGACGCUUUCACUUUAAUAAGAGAGGUGGUGGAGGCGUUUGGGAACCGUAGCGGUCAGGACUCUCUGUUUGAGCUCCUCUGGGGUCCGCAGGCUUUCCCCGCUUCCUCUUUCAUUGCCAACGAUGACAUCCACUCUCUCUGCUCUUUGGCUCCAGAGCUCCCUCAGCUGGCCAAGUUUGACACCGGCUCCAUCUUGUUGCACAGUGGUGAGUUGCAGCAUCUGAGCUGGUUGGGGCUGCAGUGGACUCUCCUGGACCAGAGGCCGCCCAUGAGGGACUGGCUGCAGCAGCUGUUCCCCAGGCUUACCCUGGAAACCUCCAAGUUGGACACAAAUGCACCAGAGUCCAUCUGCCUGCUGGACCUGGAGGUGUUUUUAUACGGAGUGGUUUUCUGCAGCCGCUGUCAGCUCCAGGACACGGCGAAGAUCGGCCGCAGCCUGAGCCCCCGGCAGCAGCAGCUCUUCGAGCCGCGCUGCCUCCCUCUUCCUCUCCUCCGCCUCCUGACCACGGACCGACAGAGGGAGUGGUGGGACGCCAUCUACAGCCUCAUCCACAAACGAGCAGCUCCUUUGACGUCGGCCAAGCUGCGAAUGGUCGUGCAGCACGGACUGAGCACUCUGAGAGCCGGGGAGAAACACGGGCUUCAGCCGGCGCUGGUCAUCCACUGGGCGCAGAGUCUCAGCCAGACGGGCGAUGGACUGAACUCCUACUACGACCAGAAGGAGUACGUCGGCCGCAGCGUCCACUACUGGCAGGUUGCGAUGCCCAUGUUGGAGAAAAUAAAACUCCGACGUGGAAUAGCAGAGCCGCUGGACCCCCUCUUUAUACAUUUUACAUCCAAGGACAUUCAGAUUUCUUCUGUGAAAGGUUACGAAGAGGAGGCCAAGAUCGCUUACGCUGUUCUUCUGGACAUCGAAGGCAGAACAGAGGAGGCGAUCGCAACGUUGGAAAGCAUCAAUAACAUGUCGUCCACCUGGCAUUUAGCGCAGAUAUAUCAGCGCCUGGCAGAAGAGGCCAGCAAUGGUGUGGAGGAGACCCAGGACAGGUGUAUGACCUUUCUAAGGAAGUUCAGGAACUACUUGUCUAAAAUCUACAAUGCCAACGCAGAAGACAUCGAGAAGCUUCCUGUGUCCAUGGAGGAAGUGGUGGACCUCCUGAACGAUGUAAAUCAGCAGCUGGGUGAAACCGGGGAGAACCUGGAGGAAGAGGAGGAGCUGGAGGUUCGGCGAGGGCCGACUCACUCCAGCCCCGCUCGCCUCUCAGAAACCAGCGCCACCAUCUCGCACAUUAAGUUUGCUUCUCCCUCUCCGAGCAAAAGCAUCGUUUCUCCUUCCAAAAGACUGAUUUCACCAAAGACGCCACCUCACUGGGUUGAGGACCAGAAAAGUCUCCUUCAGAUGUUAUGUCAGCAAGUGGAAGCCCUCAAGAAUGAGGUUCAUGAUCUGAAACACAACGCAUCAGUGAAUUCCGGCUCUCCUCAUCAUAAGAUGUACGGUGAGACCUACAGGGCGGAGAGCUUGCAGGAGCCCUUUACCCCCGUCCAGCCCUACCAUGGCGCCCCCCUAACAGUUGCCACCACAGGCCCUCCUGUUUAUUACAACCAGUCUCCUGCUUAUAACUCUCAGUAUCUGCUGCGGACAGCUGCAAACGUAACCCCCACCAAGGGUCCGAUGUACGGCGUGAACCGCAUGCCGCCGCAGCAGCACAUGUACGCCUACCAGCCGCCCACUCACACGCCUCCGCUGCAGACGGCCCCGCCCUGCAUCUACCCGCCGCAGGAGCAAGUUUUCGGCUCCCCCCUCCGGUUUGAAUCCCAAGCCACCGGCCUUCUUUCUCCCUACAGCGAGGAAUAUUAUGGCCAGAGCGUCGCUCAGCAGACUAACCCAACUCUGCCCGAGCCCGGCUACUUCACCAAGCCCUCCGUAGUCCCUGUCCAACCACCGAAGGGUAUGGAGGGGAAGCCCGUGGACUUUGGGAGGCUUUCCUUCAGCCAGCAGGCUGCGGCCGAAGUCCCCAGAGUGCCGAGCUUUGGAGCAGGGGCCGUUGGUCAGUCCACAUCCACGCCCGCUUUCAAAUUCAACUCCUUUGCCAAAUCCCAGGAAAGAGAUUUGGGUUUCUCUGCUUCCCAGACGAGGCAGAGUGAAAGUUUGCUCGGCCUCCUUACGUCCGACCUGCCCCCGAAAACCGACGGGGUUGUUCCAGAAAAGCCGCCGGGGCAGGAGCAGCAGAGCAUCUUCACCUUCGGUCACAAGAACAUGAGCGGCUUCUCGUUUGCCGAUUCCACUCAGAGCCAAGCGGCGGGAGGUCUGUUCGGCAAGGCGGACCAGCCGUUCAAGUUCGGCGACGCAGUCGGCCCGGCGUUCGGCGUCGACAAGAUGGCGGAGCUGGAGAAGGUGGCCGAGAGCGACGAGAGCGCCCACGCCGAGGAGGACGAGGACGGCCCUCACUUUGAGCCGAUCGUCCCGCUCCCCGACAAGGUGGACGUGAAAACGGGCGAGGAGGAGGAGGAGGAGAUGUUUUGCAACCGGGCAAAGCUGUACCGCUUCGACGCCGAGACGAAAGAGUGGAAAGAACGAGGGAUCGGCAACGUCAAGAUCCUGAAGCACAACACUAAGGGGAAGGUCCGCCUCCUGAUGAGAAGAGAGCAGGUCCUCAAGAUCUGCGCCAAUCACUACAUCACCUCGGACAUGCUGCUGAAGCCCAACGCCGGCUCAGACAAGUCCUGGGUGUGGAACGCCAUCGACUACGCAGACGAGGAGCCCAAGCCCGAACAGCUGGCCAUCCGCUUCAAAACCGUGGACGAGGCGGCUCUCUUCAAAUCCAAGUUUGAGGAGGCGCAAAAGGUGGAGCUCAAGUCGCCAGAGAAGCAGAAACGGCAAGAGAAGAAGGAGGAAAGCUCGAAGGAUUCGGACUCGCUGGCAGCGCGGUUUGCUCCUAAAGAAGGCGAGUGGGAGUGCUCUGUGUGCUGCGUGCGAAACAAAGCCGCGGCGGCGCAGUGUGCGGCGUGCGGCACCGCCAAUCCCCAGGCUUCAUCCAAACCAGAGCUUCAGAUGACUGGCCAAAGCAAAGCCGGUCCGUUCACCUUUAAAUUCGGCACGGAUUCCUCAAAGCCGAGCGGCUCAAGCUCCACGUUUACCGGAUUCGGCUCUUUUGGGACUUCAGUUCCCUCCUCGUUCACAUUCGGCGGCGCCGCCGGCGGCAGCAGCUCCUCCUCCUCCUCGAAGCCCGCUGACAAAACAUCCGGCCCGUUCGGUUUCAGCGUCGGCUCACCGUUUGCCGCCAAGAAGCCAGAGCAGUGGGACUGCGCCGCGUGCUCCGCAAAGAACGAGGCGGCGACAGACGGCUGCGCUUCUUGUAAAGCUCCUAAAACUGCAGCCAAAGCGCCGCAGAUCGCUCCGGCAGCGGAGGCUCCCGCGUCGACACCGGCUCCCGCCGCCGCCGUCGACGCGGGAUUUGCCGCACGCUUCGGCAAGAAACCCGGACAGUGGGACUGCAGCGUUUGCGAAGUGAGAAACGAAGCGUCUGCCGACCGAUGCGUUUCCUGUCAGAGUCCAAACGCGGCUUCCAAGUCAGCCGCCGCGGCGCCGGCGGCAUCGAGCGCGGCGGCGGGCUCGGCACUCGGAGUCGAUUCUACCAAGAAGGACGGGCAGUGGGACUGCAACGCCUGCCUGGUCAGAAACGAAGCCUCGGCGGCCGAGUGCGUCUCCUGCCGCUCUCCAAAUCCCAAUCCGCCUUCUUUGGCGGCCGUGUUUGGCAAGAAGGAAGGCGAAUGGGACUGCGACGUGUGUCUGGUGAGAAAUAAGGCGUCUCUGAGUGAAUGCGUGGCCUGCAAGACCCCCAACCCUAACGCCAAAAGCACAAGCACACCCGCCCCGUCUGCCUCCUCUUUCAGUUUUAACUUUGGAGCCAAGAGCUCGUCGACUCAGCCCGCCGGCGCCGCCUUUGCUUUCGGCAGCGGCGGCGCGUUUCAGUUCGGCCAAAAUAAGGAAAAGGCCUCGGCGUCUGCUUUCAAGUUCGAAGCUCCCCAGACAGCGCCGGCCACGACGAGCUCCUCCAGCUUCUCUUUCUCGUUGCCCGUCUCCGCCGGCGGCUUCAAGUUUGGCGUCCAGGACCCCGCCGGCGCUUCGGGCUCCACCGACGAGCCGACUCAGUCAGGGUUCGCCUCCAGCGUCCUUAAAAACAUGGCCGACAAACACAAGGAGAAGGAGAGCGCGUCUACCUCCGCGGAGCAAACGGAAAUCGAUCAGAACCCGUUGGUUUCAGGAAAGGCCGACGCGUUCAGUUUCGCAGACUUGGCCAAGUCCUCCGAGGGCGCCUUCAAGUUCGCCCAGGCAGAUCCCGGUUUCAGAGGCUUCUCCGGGGCGGGGGCGAAGGUGUUCUCGGCCCCGCAGGCGACCCCCACCAAGGCGGAGGCCUCGAACGAGCCGGAGGACGAGGGCAUGUAUAAAACGGAGGAGCACGACGACAUCCAGUUUGAGCCGGUGGUCCAGAUGCCCGAGAAGGUGGACCUGGUGACGGGCGAGGAAGACGAGCAGGUCCUGUACUCCCAGCGCGUCAAGCUCUUCCGCUUCGACGCCGCCUCCGGCCAGUGGAAGGAGCGCGGCGUCGGCACGCUGAAGUUCCUGAAGAACAACGCCAACGGCCGGCUGCGGGUGCUGAUGAGGAGGGACCAGGUGCUGAAGGUGUGCGCCAACCACUGGAUCACCACCACCACCAACCUGAAGCCCCUGGCCGGCUCGGACAAGGCCUGGAUGUGGCUGGCCAACGACUUCUCCGACGGCGGCGCCAAACUCGAGCAGCUGGCCGCCAAGUUCAAGACGACGGAGCUGGCGGAGGAGUUCAAGGAGCGGUUCGAGGAGUGCCAGCGGCUCCUCCUGGACAUCCCGCUGCAGACGCCCCACAAGCUGGUGGACACGGGCCGCACGGCGCACCUCAUCAAGAAGGCCGAGGAGAUGAAGUCCGGUUUGAAGGACCUGAAGUUGUUUCUGACCGACGAGAAUACAAAGAUCCAAGAGGACGACCCGCAGGGAGACUCCGCCGCCGCCGCGGGAGAAACCUCCGGUCUGGGGGUGCGGCCCCACGGCGAGGCCGGCCCCGCCCUGGAGUGGGACAACUACGACCUGCGGGAAGAAGCUCUGGAUGACACCGCCGACUCGUCGGUCUACACCACCCCGGCGUCCAGCAGCCCCCUGAGGAAGAACCUCUUCCGCUUCGGGGAGUCGUCCGGCGGCUUCAGCUUCAGCUUCCAGCCCAGCAUCAGCCCCUCCAAGUCCCCCGCCAAGCUCAACCUGAGCCGGGCCUCGGCGGGCACCGACGAGGAGCAGGACGCCGCCGCGCAGGACGACGAGCGAGACGGGCAGUACUUCGAGCCCGUGGUGCCGCUGCCGGACCUGGUGGACAUCUCCACGGGGGAGGAGAACGAGCAGGCGGCCUUCAGCCACCGGGCCAAACUGUAUCGCUACGACAAGGAGGCGAAGCAGUGGAAGGAGCGCGGCAUCGGCGACCUCAAGCUCCUGCAGAACUACGACAGCAAGCGCGUGAGGCUGGUCAUGCGGCGGGACCAGGUGCUGAAGCUCUGCGCCAACCACUGGGUCUCCGCCGCCAUGAGGCUGGAGCCCAUGAAGGGCGCGGAGAAGGCCUGGGUGUGGAGCGCCGUGGACUUCGCCGAGGAAGGCGACGGGCGAGUUGAGCAGCUGGCCGUGAGGUUUAAGACGCAGGAGACGGCGGACGCGUUCAAACGGGUCUUCGAAGAGGCCAAGGAGGCACAGGAGAAAGGAGAACUCAUGACUCCGGCGGCAUCGAGGGUCGCCGCCACACCAGAGCGAGGGGCGGCGGCGGAGUCGUCGUCGUCUGAAGGCACAACGGCGUCCGUUUGUGGGCAGGCGGCCAUUGCGGUUCUGGAGGAGACGACGCGGGAGCGCACGUCCACGCCUCCUCCUCCUGCUCCUCCUGCCGCCGCUGGCUCUCAGAGUCCAGCCAAUCCCAUGAAGACCGUGGUGUCGCCCCCCAAGUUUGUUUUCGGCUCCGACUCGGUUCAGAAGAUCUUCGGCUCUCCUAAAUCGGAGUCCCAGGCGUCUGCGUCUGUGCUGGCUCUGAGCGCCAAAGAUGGUGGCAGCUCAGCCAAGCCGGCGCUUCCUGCUCCAGCAUUCAAGAUGCAUACAGGGCUGGAUUUUAGGCUUUUCAAAGAUAACCCAAUGGCCUUUUGGACCAGCACAUCCACCGUCCAAUUUGAGAGCCCAGGCUCUCCUCAGGCGGCGGCGGCGGCGUCCGGCUCCUCGGGGUCGGACGACGACUCUGACGUGGAGGUGGUGUACGUCAGAGAGCCCACAGCCGAGCAGGCGGCGUUAGCCAGGAAGCUAAUGCUGCCUCCCACCUUCUUCUGCUACAAGAACGAGCCAGGCUACGUCAGCGACGACGAUCCCGAUGAUGAAGACUUUGAGUCAGCUGUAAGAGCCUUGAAUGGGAAGCUUUACGCUGAUCCUCCUGCAGCAGCAGCUGCAGCAGCAGCCUGUGCUGAGGAGCCAGACUGUCAGUUCGUUUGGGAGAAGCAGCCGACGCCAGAGGAAGAAGACAAGGCCAAGAGCCUCCAGCUUCCGCCCACGUUCUUCUGCGGCCUGAGCACCACAGACAGCGACCUGGACGGUGACGAGCCUGAAGACUUUGAGACAGAACUCCUCAAAGCCCGUCAAGACCUGGCUGCCCAGUUAAACACAGCUGCGCCGGUCUCAAGCGUUCUUCCAGAACCCUCACAAGACUCUGCGUCGGUCCCGUCCACCAGCCGCGCAGAGGCUGCAGACGCCAAACCCCCCACGGCGGACGAGCUGCCGGUGGACAAACCCGCAGACGGCCGCAGUGAAACUCCCAGCAGCAGCUCUCCUAUCGACCUGUCCACUAAGAAGAGUCCAGAACCGGAGUCCAGAACCGAGGCGGAGGCUCCAGCUUCAUCCGCCCCAACACCUGCUCUGGACGCCUUCGGCUUCAACUCACUCGGCGGAUUUUCCUUCGCCGACCUGGCCAAGAACACCGAAGGAUUUGCGUUCGGGUCUAAAGAUGCCAAUUUCUCAUGGGCAAACGCCGGAGCCACGGUAUUUGGGCCUGCGGUGUCCUCCGAGGUCAAGAACGCCGCCAACGAGGAGGGAAGUGACGAAGAGGAUGCUUCUAACAACACAGACAUUUACUUUGAACCCAUUGUUUCUCUACCUGAGGUGGAGACCAAGUCCGGCGAGGAAGACGAGGAAAUCCUGUUCAAGGAGCGAGCCAAGCUCUACCGAUGGGACCGUGACCUUGGCCAGUGGAAGGAGCGCGGCGUCGGCGACCUGAAGAUCCUCUUCCACCCGACCAAACACUUCUACCGCAUCCUGAUGCGAAGAGACCAGGUGCUGAGGGUCUGCGCCAACCACACCAUCUCGCAGUCGAUGGAGCUCAAGCCCAUGAACACCUCGGCCAACGCGCUGGUCUGGACCGCCACCGACUACUCUGACGGCGAUGGAGUGGUGGAGCAGCUCGCCGCCAAGUUCAAAACCGCUGAGAUAGCCGAGUCGUUCCAGAGGACGUUCUGCGAAUGCCAGAGCCGCUGCGGCCAGACCGACGACGACGCGGCGGCGGCCUCGGCGCCGCACAUGUCCAGAGUCCAGGAGCACUCCCAGGAGACCAACCCGCUGGUGUUUCUGCGGGUGGCGGCUGACGGGGAACCGCUGGGCACCAUCACCAUUGAGCUCUUCUCGCAUAUUGUUCCCAAGACGGCGGAGAACUUCAGGGCUCUGUGCACCGGAGAGAAAGGUUUCGGGCUGAAAAACUCCGUCUUCCAUCGGGUCAUACCGGACUUUAUGUGUCAGGGGGGCGACAUCACCAAGAGCGACGGCACCGGCGGCAGAUCCAUCUACGGCGGCGCGUUCGAGGACGAAAACUUCGACGUGCGGCACACGGGCCCGGGCAUCCUGUCGAUGGCCAACCGCGGGCGGGACACCAACAACUCCCAGUUCUUCAUAACGCUGAAGAAGGCGGAACACUUGGACUUCAAGCACGUGGCGUUUGGCUACGUCCGGGACGGGAUGGGCGUGGUGCAGCGGAUGGGAGAGCUGGGCACCAAGGGAGGCGUCCCCGCUAAGAAGCUGGUCAUCACAGAGUGCGGACAGCUGUAGCCGCUGGGAAAACUUGAGGUUCCGGCGCUUCCUGGAUCAUAAAACUAUUUCCAAGUGAAACGUGUCCGCUGUGUUUCUUGAAGUCGGAAACGAGUCCAGCAGUGGAGUCGCGCGUCGUUGGGGCCGAGGCUUGAAGCGUCACCGCUGGCUGCUUUUGCAUUUUAAUCAUUUCUCAGAUGUUUAUUUUUGUGUGUAUAAUUGUAAAUGAAUACUUUUUUUUUUUUUUUUGUCUCAUUCUUGUCCUCCUUGUUUAGGGUCUUUCAUUUUUUUGAAUGAUUCUUUACAUAUUUGGGCUUUGUUUGGUUUCUAACCAUCCCCCACCACUGCAAAUGUGUUUUUUUUUUGUUUUUUUUUUUUUCCUAUAGGACACGCCUGUUUACUGUUCUUGAUGGGGGGGGGGGAAAUAAUGUUACAGUGCAGAUAAUUACACUUAUAAAACCCACACACUGAAUUAAUCUCACUGUUUUCCCCCAUCCAGCGAAGGUUGGCUUGAUGGGUUUUACUGGGGAGAUUCAGCUCCUGGAUGGAUUGAGAUGACCAAGAAAUGUUGCUUGGUCUACUGGAAUAAUUUGAUGGUAAAUGACAAAUAAAUUUGCUUUACAAUUAA